ACUCCCUGUGUCUACACCUCUCUCUCUCUCUCUCUCUCUCUCUCUGCGCGAUCUAAAGAGCCAACGCUCUAAAAUCGUAGCUUUUCACCAGCACGGAUCUCUCUCUUCUUUCCGAUCUCUUAAAACCCGUGAGAGUUAUCUAUCGAUUUGUUCUUCAUCAGAUUUCAACAGGACAUCUCUCUACCUGAAACUCUUUUUCUUCUCUAGGGUUUCCAAAUACACGCUCCCUCCCCCGAUUGAAAAAAGGAAAAGAAAAGGAAAAAGAAAAAAACCCAGAUUCUGUCAAAUUCUUUUGAAUGACUAUGCCAAGUGAAUUAUGACGUCAACUAUGUUGACUGGAGAGAAAAGAUGGGCCUCUGCAAGAAGAAGUGGCAUGACUGUGUUGGGCAAAGUUGCUGUUCCGAAACCUAUCAAUUUACCAAGUCAAAGGUUAGAAAAUCAUGGUCUAGACCCAAAUGUUGAAAUUGUUCCCAAGGGUACGCAUAGUUGGGGCAGUAGAUCAUCUUCUUCCACAUCGAAUGCAUGGGUUUCUUCCUCUCUGUCUCUAAAUACUGAUGGUGGUACUGGUUCACCAAGCUAUCUUAGUGGCCGCCCUUCAUCUGGUGGAAGUGGCACUCGACCGUCAACUGCAGGCAGUGAUAGAGUCAAUGAACCUGUUAGUAAUGCAUGGGGUUCAAAUUCUAGGCCAUCAUCAUCUUCUGGAGCAUUGCCAUCAAAUCAGACAUCACAUGCGGCAGUGCGUCCUCGUAGUGCAGAAACAAGACCUGGUAGCUCACAUUUAUCUCGGUUUGCUGAACCUUUGUCUGAUAAUUCAGUGGCAUGGGGUGCAAUGGGAACAUCUGAUAAGUUGGGAGUAACAUCCUCUAAGAAUGAUGGGUUUUCUCUGACUUGUGGAGAUUUUCCAACACUUAGUUCAGAAAAAGACAGUUCUAGAAAGAAUGCAGACUCUCAAGGUGUUGUGCUUCAAUACUGCUUUAGAAAUCAUGGUUCUCAUGGUCAUCUGGACUCAUCUGCUGGAGUAGCAUCUGGGAAGGAGGGUACUGGGGAUUCUGCAGGUGAUGGUUUUGUGCAUACGAAUGUCAAGACUGGAGCUGAAAGUCCCUGGAGAAGAGAGAAUUCUCUAUAUGGUGAAGAUGGGGCCAGGGCUAAUGUGGAGAAGUGGCAUGCUGAUCACCAGCCAUAUUCUAAUUCUAGUAUCCCUCCUCAGCAUUAUGAUUCUUGGCAUGGUCCUCCUGUAAAUAAUCAUCCAGUUGGGGUUUGGUUUAGAGGACCUCCAGGAGGUCCACCAUUUGGGUCCCCAGUUGCACCUAGUGGCUUUCCCAUAGAACCAUUUCCUUAUUACCGUCCACAGAUGCCCCCUCCUGCACUUGCUGGUCGACAACCAGUUCCUCCACCAGGAGCCGGACCCAGAGGCCCCCACCCAAAAAAUGGGGAUAUGUACCGACCUCAUAUGCAUGAUGCUUUUAUGCGCCCAAGCAUGCCCCUCAGGCCUGGUUUUUAUCCUGGACCAUUGCCUUAUGAGGGCUAUUACGGUCCUCCCAUGGGUUACUGCAAUCCCAAUGAACGAGAUGUUCCGCUUAUGGGAAUGGCAAUGGUCCCUGCUGCAUGUAGCAGGUAUCCUUGUCAAAAUGUUCCUGAUCCUGGCAAUUCCCAUGGCAUAAUUGGUGGAUAUGUUCAUAGUAAUAAGGAAAUGGUUAUGGAUCAAGUGGAACUGGUCCAUUCUCAAGAUGCUCGAGGACCUUACAAAGUUCUUCUGAAGCAGCAUGAUGGGUGGGAGGGAAGAGUUGAAGGGCAUAAGUGUGAUGAUACCAUGAAAACCAAUGCAUCAUAUCCUCUGAAGGGCAAGCAUACGAGAAAUUCAUCGUGCGAGAAUGGCUGGACGGCAGAUAACAAGAAAGAUGAUGAAUUGGAUGCGAGAAGAAUGGCACUAGUUGAAGAAGCUUCUUCUGAGGCUGUUAACAACCAAGGAGUUGUCCCUAUGAAAGUGAAGUCACCUGAAAGUGGGGGGAAAUUGAAUGCAUCUGAUGACAGUUUAGCUAAGAAAAUUGAUGAUGCAGCUUCUAAUAUUCCUGAAGUGGCUUCUCCAAAAGAUUCCAGUCUGAUUCAGAAAAUAGAAGGUUUAAAUGCAAAAACCCGAUCUUCUGAUGGACGGCAAGAUGUUAAACCUGUCUCUGGUAGGGAGGAGCAGAAGAAUAAAUUACAAGUCGGUAAUGCCAUGGCUGGUCGUUCUACAAAUGAGGCAGGGAUUGGUUCUUUAUCUCCUGAAAAGACUUGUGGAAUUAUCAACACUGCCCCACACGAAGCCUGCUUCUCUGCUGGAGAUAGGAGCCUUGAAUCAACAGUAGUCAGUGGAACAGCUGGAUCCAGGAGAUCCAUUUAUGGCAUGCAUGGUAGAGUAGAUCAUCGUGGUAAAGGAAGAUUAAAUACUCAAGAGUCUGAUGGGUGGCGGAAAAAAUCUCUAGUUGCAGACCCACAAUGCAUAGUGUCAUCUGUGCAUUGUGAAAUUUCUUCUGUUCAUGGUCAAGACCAUAAUUCAGCAGAAGCUCCUUCUGGGAAGUAUGGGGGAGAAUCCAUGCCACUUGCCUUUGAACCAAGUGACAGCCAGCGUGCUAAGAUGAGAGAGCUAGCCAAGCAACUUAAGCAGCAAGAGAAGGAAGAGGAAGAACGGACAAGAGAGCAAAGAGCCAAGGCUCUUGCGAAAUUGGAAGAGUUGAACCGGCGCACACAAGCAGGGGAAGUUGUAACCCAGAAGUUGGAAAAUGUUCCUGCCAGUGCCCUCCAGUAUAGGCAAGAAGAAUUUUUAAAUUUUGCCCAUCCAACUGUAGUUGCUAGCAAAUCUGGAGCACCAAAUUCAUCUUUUGGUUCCAACCCAAAUACAGUUCCGCAUAGUAGGGAGAAGUUGGAAACCCUUCCUAGUAGCGUUGUCCGGAAUAGGCAUGAGGAAUCCACUGCUGCUGGGUCACCAAUUGUUGUUCCUAGCAAAUCUAGAGCAUCAAGCUCAGCUCCGGGUUCCAGCCGAAAUAUGAUUGCACAUGGUAAAAAUAGCAACAAUACGGUUGAUAAAUCCUCCAGUAUAGCAAGCAAUGUGCCUCUUGGGACACCAAAGAUUCAAGUCAAUGUGUCUGUUGUGGUGCAUGAGCAACCAAAGCCUUUCCAGCCAGAUAGUAAUAAUGCUGAUGCUGCUCACUGCAGUGGUACUCCACGGGUUCAUGACAGUAUUGCUUCUAAGCAGAAGCAUACAGGAUAUAGACAAAAGCAGAGUAGCCCCUUGGAAAGAAAUUGCAAUGAGACAUUGGUUUCUUCAUCUGGAACUGAGGCAUCACAAGGUAUAGUAGCUAAUGCUACUAUAUCUCCUGAGAGUGUUGCUGAUGAGAUUGACUCAAACUGCAAGUCAAAUUUGCCUAGUGUUGAGGCUGAGUCUUCAGUAUAUCAUAGAAGGAAGAACAGGAAUGGGAAGAACAAGCCCAAAAUGGAGCCAGCAUCAUCUGCAGCAGCUUUACCAUCUGUGGUGUCAAAGGAUACAACUACUUUAGACUGUUCGGUUGAAAGUGUUAAGCCAAAGAGUUCUGAAUCUAUGUUGGAUCCUAGCAGAGUUCAUUCUCCAACUGAUUCAAAUGAUGCAAAUCACUUGUGCACAUCACUAACAAAUGAAGAAACCCAUAUCAGAGUGAAUAACCAGUGGAGGUCUCAGCAUCCUCGCAAGAUGAUGAGAAAUACGCAAGGUAAUAAACCAGCUGAGAAAAACAACAUUGGUGAUGCUGUUGUAUGGGCUCCUGUGCGAUCACAACAUAAAACUGAGGUUUCUGAGGAAGCCAAUCACAAUGGUUUAGUCGAUUCUGUGGUUCUGUCUGCAAAGAAUGAUCAGCAGGUGCAGAAUAAUCCAAGAAACAAGAGGGCGGAAAUGGAGAGAUACAUUCCAAAGCCUGUAGCCAAAGAACUAUCUCAGCAAGGUAGUACUCAUCAAGCUGUUGUUCCCUCAAGCAAUCAGAUUACAUCAGAUGAGACUGCUGAAAGGCCUGAGUCUGGCUCUUUAGUUGUUGAAAGUUCCCAAAUCUCUGGAAUAGCUACUGUGAUGGCAAGUCAUGCCAUUGAAGCCAGGACUGUGGAUGUUAGGCAGAACAAGUCAGGAAAAGUGCAUGGAGCAUGGCGUCAACGGGGUGCAGCUGAAUCAACUACUUCAAAUCUGAGUAGGAGUUUUCAAAAAUCAAUCGAGGAUCAUCAACACCAGAAACCUGAUGUAAGUUCCAUGAAAGAGCAACCGAGGAAUUCUGAUGGAUGGAACAUGCACGAGAAUCCUGAUACAUCAAUUGCUGUUCCUGUUUUAAAAGAUCAAGGUGUGACUGCCAGAGGAAAGCGGCAACCACACAAGGGUCACAAGUGCUCAGGAUACAAUCAUAAUCCUGAUGAGAAGAGAACUAGUGCGGAUGCUGAUAAAGUAUACAUUCAAUCUGCUGCUGCUGAGAUGCACCAAAUAGACUUAUCUUCAGCUUCAAAAGAAAAUCAUUCAGCUGUGGAACGAUCAACAUCUCACUGGCAGCCUAAAUCUCAGCCAAUUUCUGCUACUAGUCAACGAGGAAGCCGGGCCAAUACAAGUGUGCAUGGAGGCAGUGAAGGUGGUAUGGCCAUUAAAAAGGAGUCUAAUCAGCGUGGGGAGUCUGUUUUACCUCAACUAGACAAGGAUACUGCUGCAGUUAGGCCUCAGUCUCACCAUGAUCAGUCCCUCCCUGAAAAUAACAAUUUUGAAGAAGCUCCAGGUGUUGGGCAACAAGAGCCUAAGAGGGAAAUGAAGAUGGCCGCACACAGAGGACAUCCUGGUAGCCCUAUUGAAUCAUCAUCUUCUAAUAUGGAUGUUAGGCAUGACCAACACAUGUCUUCAGGUUUCCGCAAAAAUGGAAAUCAAAAUAGCCGUUUUGGUAGAGACCAUGAAUCUCGUGGAGAUUGGAGUGGUUCCGGUAAAGAUAACAGACAACAUAAGGUACAUGCAGUCCGGGAAAGACACAGAGAUAAUUCACAUUAUGAGUACCAUCCAGUUGCGCCCCACAACAAUAGCAAAGAGAACUUGGAAUCAAAAGAUGGUUCUCAUAAUUCCAGUACAAGGUAUAGAGAGCGGGGCCAAAGUCACUCGAGACGUGGAGGGGGCAACUUUUAUGGACAUCAAAUUGGCAGUGUUGAAGUAGAUGCUGGGCAUGACUAAGGUGAAACUGAGGGUGGUUUUCCCUUUUUUUUGUUUUCCUUCUUCUAAAACCAGUGGCUUGAGCUCGAUCCCUUACACUAGAGGUAUUUUUGUUUAGGUAGUCGUUUUCAAUUGUAAAUAUUAUUUAAUCACCGCCAACUUAUAGAAUGUGCGUUGAGCAGGGCUUGGAGCAUACACAUGGUGUGAAGGCCGAAAAAGAAAUAUUGAGAUUACGGGAGGUACUCGAUGUGGUUGAUUUCUUGACUUUUUUUUUUGGACUAAAAUGUACCUCAUCUGAAAGGCUUAGUUUGGCAACGGUAUACUUGCUGUGGAACAAAAAAUGUUUUAUGAGCGGUGUAGCUAGUGAUCUUUAUUCCUUUGCUCCUUGCUAAAAAGGAUGAAGUAAAUAGUAGGGUUGGUGCA